AUGGAUUGUACCACAUUAAAUAUAGAAUUAGAUCCAGAAAGCAAAAAAAAAAUCAUCAAUAAACAAUAUUUAAUUGUUAAAAAAAUAGGUCAAGGUCAAUUUGGUAAAGUAUUUUUGGGAAAAUGUAUUAAUCAAAAAAAUCAGAGCAAAUCAUCUUUAUCCACAAAUCCAAGUUUUGUUGCAAUUAAAACCAUAAAUCGUAUAGAUAAAUCAAAAUUAAUUACAAAAUCAUACAUAAACAAUCAUUCAAAAAUUGCCAAAGAGAUUGAAAUUCUAAAACAAUGUAAUCAUCCAAAUGUUGUUAAAUUAUUAAGUGUUAUAGAUGAUUUACAUUUCGAUAAGAUUUUUUUAAUUUUAGAACAUUGUAAAUAUCAAGAAAUAGAAUAUAAAACAUACAAUCAUUAUUAUGAAAAAUAUAAUGUCUCAAAGCAGAGAAAUUCCUUGCCGUUGAAUAAAAUACUACGAGAUGUUAUAAAUGGAUUGGAGUAUUUACAUGAUUAUAAAAAUAUAAUACAUAGAGAUAUUAAACCUUCAAAUUUAUUAAUUGAUGAAAAUAAUAAUGUGAAAAUCUCUGAUUUUGGAGUUAGUUUAAUACUAGAAAAUAAUUUAGAUAAUGAUUCAAAAGAACUACUAAAAACUACCGGAACCCCAGCAUUUUAUGCACCUGAGUUAUGUCAGUUUAUUUCAAAACAAAGCGAGUCCGCUAAAGUAUACGAAAUUAGUAAAAAAAUUGAUAUUUGGUCAUUAGGUAUUACAUUAUACAGUCUAAUUUUUAAUACAGUUCCAUUCAGUGGAAUUAAUGAGUAUCAAACAAUAAACAAGAUAUUAAGUGAGGAAGUGAAAUUUCCAACAACAUUAAAAACAAAAAGAGCUACAAGUGAUGAUAUUUUAGAAUUCAAUCAUUUAAAAGACCUCAUUAAAAAAUUAUUAAUUAAGGAUCCUGGCCAUAGAGUUUCGAUAAAAGAAAUAAAAAAUCAUAAGUUUACAUUAUUUGACUUGAGCAAAAAUGAAUCUGAGAAGUUUUUAAAUUUUAACAAAAAUCAGUUUCAAUCUGGUAUUUCCUCAAAAUUGAGAAAAUUAUUCACUAAAACUACCGCUACAAAUGUAUCUCCCAAAAAAACUCAAGUUUCACAUAACCCUAAUCCUUCUGAUUUGAAAAAUGUGGAUGACUUACUUGAUUCAUAUUUAGAUGAUUCGUCAUCAUUAAGUAGUAUGGAAGAUGCUGAACCAAUCAAUACAAAUAAUAUACUAGAGGAAAUUCAUCUAUCGUCUACUUCUUCUCCAGCAUCAUCACCGAACAAAUACAUACCACCACAUUUAAACCUCAAAUCAAAUAAUUGUACUAAUAAGAAACCAGAACUUUAUACGUAUCAAAAUAAAUCGUUGAAAGAUUUAGAUUUAUCAUUUUUACCACCACAACCAAAUGAUACCAAUAAGUCAGUAAUAACUCCAAGUAAUUCAGUUCAUUCAUCACUUUCAACUCCAGUCAAUGAUUCAUUUGCAACCAUAGGUCAACCAUCACCAAAUAAUUAUCAACAAUUUUUCAGUCCAAGUAAAAGAUUUUUUGAUCAAUCAGUACAUCAUCGGCAUCAAAAUAUUGAGCAAUAUACAAAAACACCUUCAAUAAGGUCAUUAACGAAUGAGGAAUCUUCAUUGAAGGGACCCCCAAUAUCUCAAUAUCAUCAAUUUGAAAGACCUUCAAGUAUUGGAUCAAAUAAUGGGUUGAGUAGAAUCCCAAGCUCUUCAAGCUCAUUAAAUCUACAUGCUUAUUUUAAUGAUAAUGAAUCAAUCAUUUCAAACCAUUCAAUUACAAAAUACAAUAUCAAACCAAAAUUUAAUUUCAUUGAUGACAAUCAAUCAAACUCAAAAUCUGACUCGAGGAAAGACAAUGAAGAAUUUGAUGAAGAUGAAAGUGAAGUCAAUAAUACAACGAUUAAUUUGCUGGACAAUUUUAAUCUUGGUAUUAAAUAUAAAGAUUUAAGUACUUAUUUAGAUGGUUUAUAA